UAGGAAAUCCGCUUGCGGCGGAUUAUUGUAAUCCGACAGAGUCUGCUUGACACAUAGGAUCACGAUAGAAAAACCGAAGCGCAGCGGCCUGUAACAGAUGCAGCUCGUCCGAGAAUAAAGGGAUAAAGUUAGGAUAUGAUCUGAGGCGCGGCGCGGAACUGCUGGAGCCGGUGAUUGGCACUGCCCGGGCCGCUUCCUGGACCAUCGAUUCAUCCGACAGAGAGAGUGACAGCGGCGGGGCUGCACCGCAGAGCACAGUGCGCUGGAAAGGCUUGAAUUUGCUGGAUACAGACACCUCCUCCCUCCCUCCCCGUGUCAGGGUUAACUCCAGCUCAGCCUGGUGGAAGCCGAGUCCGGUUGCCCUGCCCGCCCUGCUCCGAGCCACUCCGCUAGCUAGCGCGGCUAGCUCACCCAAGCUAGUCUGCUAGCUAGUUAGGAAUUUAGUCGAGUUUGGUUCGGAAUUUAGGUCCUUCUGUGCCCGCAGACCACAGGGAGGGAGGAUGUCGGCCAAAGACCAAAACAAACUCUCCACCGUUGAACGGCCCAUCAAAGCGGUGCCAUAUCCUCCCGGUACACGCCUUUCUGUCAAAGAGCUGUAUGCGAAUGGAAAACCCGACCUGGAGCAGCUGAAGGCCCAUCUGGUGAAGGAGGGUCGGUUGGAGGAGGAGGCGGCCCUGCGGAUCAUCAACGAGGGAGCCAGCAUCCUGCGCCAGGAGAAAUGCAUGCUGGAGGUGGAAGCUCCCAUCACAGUAUGCGGAGAUGUCCACGGCCAGUUUUUCGACCUAAUGAAGCUUUUUGAGGUGGGCGGGUCCCCCAGCAGCACCCGCUACCUGUUCCUUGGAGACUACGUGGACCGAGGUUAUUUCAGCAUCGAGUGUGUACUGUACUUGUGGGCUCUGAAGAUCAACCACCCCAACACCCUGUUCCUCCUCAGAGGGAACCACGAGUGCCGACAUCUCACAGAGUACUUCACCUUCAAACAGGAGUGUAAAAUCAAGUACUCUGAGAAAGUAUACGAUGCCUGUAUGGAAGCAUUUGACUGCCUGCCUCUGGCUGCUCUCCUCAACCAGCAGUUCCUCUGCGUCCACGGAGGUCUGAGCCCUGAGAUCACCUGCCUGGAUGACAUCCGCAAGCUGGACCGGUUUAAGGAGCCUCCUGCGUUCGGGCCGAUGUGCGACCUGCUCUGGUCAGACCCGGGGGAGGACUACGGCUCAGAAAAGACCCAGGAACAUUUCUGUCACAACAGCGUGCGAGGCUGCUCUUAUUUCUACAGUUACCCAGCAGUAUGUGACUUCCUGAUGAACAAUAACCUGUUGUCUGUAAUACGAGCGCAUGAAGCCCAGGACGCAGGAUAUCGAAUGUACAGGAAAAGUCAGACGACAGGCUUCCCAUCUUUAAUUACGAUCUUCUCUGCUCCCAACUACCUAGAUGUGUACAAUAAUAAAGCGGCGGUGCUGAAAUAUGAGAACAAUGUGAUGAACAUCCGGCAGUUUAACUGCUCCCCUCACCCUUACUGGCUGCCCAACUUCAUGGACGUCUUCACCUGGUCCCUGCCCUUCGUUGGGGAAAAAGUGACUGAGAUGCUGGUGAACGUCCUGAACAUCUGCUCUGACGACGAGCUCAUGUCCGAAGGCGACGACACGUGCGAGGGUGGAGCUCCAGCUGCCAGGAAGGAGGUGAUCAGAAAUAAGAUCCGGGCGAUUGGAAAGAUGGCCCGUGUCUUCUCUGUGCUCAGAGAGGAGAACGAGAGCGUGCUGCAGCUGAAGGGGCUCACCCCGACAGGAACGCUUCCUCUGGGAGUUUUGUCUGGCGGUCGACGGACCCUUCAGACGGCCACCGUAGAGGCAGAAGAGGCACGAGCCAUUCAAGGCUUCAACCCGCAGCACAAAAUCCAGAGCUUCGAGGAGGCCCGAGGUCUGGACCUGAUCAACGAGAGGAUGCCCCCGCGCCGCGACAGCAAGCAGUACGAGGCACCCCCCUCCGUCAACAACCUGCCGGCCAGCACCGGACCCCCAGACAACAACAGCACCAACGCUCAGGCCUAGUUCUUCCCCGCCCAGCCGCCCUCAUCCCCAUCCUCCCCCUCCUCUUCUCCUGUCCCGCUUCCUUUCCUUCUCUCCCGUCCUCAGAACGGAGGGCGGGGCCGUUCAGUCCGAACGCUUAUUUAUUUCAUCAUCGAGUAAAUAUCCGAGUUUCAGACUGAACAGAGAAAAUCUCAAAGUGAGCAGAACUCCAGGCUGCUGGUACUCCACACCUGUGUGCCAGCGUUCUGUCUUCUUCUUUUUCUCUUGACAUUUGGGGCGGAAGUGAUGCUCAUUCAGUUGCUUUUUUUGUGCGCACACACAAACACACACACACUUACCCACACACACACACACACCUACACACAGACUUUCACUCUCAUCUGUUUCUUAUGCCAAUGAUAGUGUGACUGAGCUCCACAGAGCAAGUAUUGACAUUUAUACUAUAUAUGUAUAUUUUAACUGUUCCCUCUUUUCAAAGUGACGUUUUUCUUUUCUUUUUUUAAACAACACAUAGUCUAUCAAUAGCUGGGUGGGGUGGGGGAGCUAAGCAGAAGAGUUUAAAGGUUAUUCCGCUUCAAUGACUCAAAAACCCAAAAUGUAAAAAAGCCACAUCCUGGUUUGUUGAGUUCAGAAGUUGUAGUGUUUUUUUUUCUGCUGAGGAAAGACCACCAGGAUGUGUGUUCGAACCCUACAAUAUUUAACAGACAGGUAUGUAGAAACAAAAGAGGAAGAGGGUCAUAAGUCGAAAAAAGAAACAAAUCUUCUGUUUUCUUUUUGGAUCUUGGCCCUCCGGCCCGUGAGCUUUGUCUUACUUGGUCAGAUCGUUCCUCGUUGGUUCAGGUCUUCCAGCAGUCGAUACAAAAUGCUGCCUCUGCUCUUCACAUGAGUGUUGCUCGUUAAAAAAUAAGGCUUUUUUAAGAGACUGUGUUUAGACUUGGAUGGCAGUUAGUCUGUCAUUAUUUUAAACUACUCAAGAGUUGUGUAAAAAAAACUAUCCAAAGUGUUGCAUUCUCUUUUGAAGUAUUAAUUACAACAGAAUAUUAAUUGAAAAUGUUAAAAAAUACGAUAGUCAGAAUUUGAAAAUAUAUUUUAAAAAAUUGAAUUUGUACAAAACCAUAAUUUACGUAAUGACAUAAAAACACUGAAUAUUUUAAAUAAAAUGUCAUCUAACGGUAAUAAAGUUUGAGAACUCUGCAUUCAUCGAUCUGAUUUUUUUUUUAAAUAUAAUAAACUUUCAAAUUAAACUACAAAAUAUUAAAGCAUUCUGAUGUUUGAGAACGGCGACCGUUAAUAAAAUCAACAGAAUGAAACGUCCAAAUGUUUGAAAUUUUUGAUAAGAGGUCAGUGAGAUCAAGAACAUUGUCAAUUUUUUUAACUCAUUAUUCUGAGAAAAUAAAAAUUAAGAACAGGAGAAGGUGGUUAAAUUGAAAAACUUUAGGAAAACUUCAGAAUUCUUCAGUACGCUAAAAAAAAAUAUAUAUUAAAAUAGUUUUAAAAAAUAAUGAUCUAGCUGCUUCUGUUCCAGGAUGAAAUAAAAUCAACAACGUUGAUGAAUCCGUGGCUCCGUUUCUGAUAAAACCAAGAAACAAGUUUUAAUAAAGUGGAAUAAUCCUUUAAAUUAAAAACACAGUAAAUAACCAUAUAAAGCAGAGUGGGGUGUAUUCCUGGGCUUCAGGUGUGUUUCUGGGGGGGAUGAGCACCUGGGUGAGUUGGAGCUGAUCAUGUGACGCUUUAUGUUGGCUGGAGGACGUCUGGAGUGCUUCAGGCCUCGUUUCUCAGAGCAUAUCUCACAGAAUGUACAGAAACCGUUUGUUUUUCUUUACAGAUGAGUCUUUUUUUUUUUCUCUCGACUUCAUAAACUGUGAGGCCUCUCAUUUCUGUAGACGUUUCACUCCAUUCAAAUAAAAGAGUAAAUAAAAACCAAGGAAAACGGAAAAAGAAAGCUGCAGCUGGUGUCGGUCUGUCUGAAUCGUGCUCUCGGCGCUCAAGGACGCCGAGCGGCCGCCUGUCGGAGGCGUGCGUGGGAGCUGCUACCUGGAGACCCCCACGUCUCUUAGCAACACGGACCCUCCACAUCGCAGCCUGCGGCUCACUCCUGAUGAAGAGCAGCGAGGCUGAAGGUCACGACAGUAAAAACUCCAGCAGCAGCAGGGGAGUUUGAAUGCAGCACAGCUGUAACAACAAGAAUGAGUGCUCCCGCAGCAGCUGGAAACAUCAGCUUUUAUGACGGAGACUAAUGAGACGAGGUGUAAAAGUUUCCUCCCCCGCUUCCACGCGUCUGUCCGACGAGAUCUGCGCCUUUUUUUUUUUUAAUUCCUGCGUCCGGUGCAGAGAUCACAUCCAGGGAGGGGUUCAAACGGGAUGAAAGGCAGACUUCUCAGAGGGAUGCAGAGGAGGUGGAGGUGGGAACAUGAAGGUGAAGAGGCAGGGAACAAAGAAAAGUUAAAGGGGUAUUUUGAAAUGGGGUUUUGUAAAAAGGUCAUGUUCAAAUCGCUUGUGUGCUACAACCCGGUUCCACUAAUGUUUGAUAGUUUGUCAAAUGGAAAUAAAACCAAAAUGCUACAAUUUUCAAAUCUGAAGA